UGUGCCAAAUAUUCUUUAUCUAUGUACGAUUUAAGCGCUAACCGAUUUCUUAACCCUGAAAAGGACACAGUGACAUUUAUUAUAACCAACUUUACGGAAUGGAGAUUGAUUGUUAUGAAUGGAGAAAUAAACGGAGGGAGCGUUCAUAUUGAAGUGUAAGUAGUGAGAGGAGGCCGGAGUCGCUGGAGCCCUGCCUGAGGGAAGGCAGGUCGCGAUGCGGCGCGGUGGCUUUUCAUUCACGAGUCGACAGCCGUGCGGGAGGUUGGUCGUUUCGUUCCGCUUCCGCGCGAACAUUUAACACGAUGUUUAUUGUUUGUCAACAAAAUAAAAUUGUUAACAUGUAACUUUGUGUUUGGUGAUUCCAUUAGACAAUUUUUAUUUUUUGUCCAGUUACAAUUGAAUAAAACAGGUGUGUCAAGUUAAAGUUAUAAGUGGUAGAAGAUGGACGGCGCGAACGCAGACUCAGAUCAUUCUAUGACUUGGGAGGACAUUUUCGGUAGUUCGACUGACUUGACACCCACACUCAUAGGUUACUACGACUCGUUAUUGGGGCCAGGGAAAAGUCUGCGGCCAGAAGACAGUCGACUUGAAACCGCAAAAGACGCAAGGAACGAUCCUCCUGUAGAACUUAAUACAAAAAACAUAAUGACAAACGAAAAAGACAACGUGGACUUAUCAAUAUCAGAUAAACGUUCAGUAGAUCCUUCAAGAUUAGCUGGCAGUGUAAAACUCCCGAUUGCUACGAUAAAUAAAAGUUCUCUUUAUAAUAAUCGAACUAAAAGUGAUAAAAUUGGUGCUAGUGAUGAAACGAGUAAGUGUAGUGUUAUAUCCAGUGAUACAGUUGUUAAAGAUAGUCAAAUACAAAGGACUUUUAAAGAAACAAAGUUUUCUGAUAUGUCCACAUUUGACAAACUCUCACCAAAUGUAAAACGGAUGAUAUCAAGUGCAACCGAGACAACAACAUUGAAAUUUCAAAAGAAAACCUCAAAUGUAGCAAGAUCAUCAACAAGACACAAAUCAAACAUUCCUCUUGUUGGAGCUACAUCAAAAAUAUCACAAUCAGGGGUCGAAAUUUUACCUUCAGUAGAAAUUUAUGACCAACCAUGUGAUAUAAGGAAUUUUGGGAAACAUAAAACUGGUGAUAACAGUCAGUCUCCAUCAAAAAUCUCUCAAGUUCAGUCAAAUCAGAAAUCCGAUAGCAAUGAAGCUUGUUACGAUGUUCCUACGAACAAUUGUCCCAUUAUUUAUGAUGUGCCUAGUGUUAAAAACAAGACUGCUUUUGAAUCCUUAUCGUUGCCUUAUAUUGAUCAAUCUAUCGAAGUUUCUAUAUCUACUAACGAUAGAGAAUUCGAUACAAAAUUGUCACCUAAAGAUAGCUCUCCGCAGAAAGCCGAAACCAAAAGUCCAACGCUUGAAGCGAGUCCUGCAAAAUUUGCUAAAGUAAAUAGAGGAACGAACAGUUUGUGUCGAAAAGACUUUACGAGGAUCGAAAGCUCGGCAAAACAGUUAAGAAAAACUGAAACCUAUCCCGAAGACAUAGGGUCUACAGGUAAUUUGAAAACCUGUGUAGUUACGGAGAAAGAUGUAACUAGGUUGAAUGCACCGUCAGUGGAUGUGUCUCGACCGCUGUCGAUGAGUUCCAUUGCUUCUUCUAGUUCGACGUCGAGCAGUGGUGUUCAAAAUAAAGGCGGAGUGAAUUCGGCGUACUUAGCUUCUAUAGAGAGUUUAGAUGAUCAUAGUGACGCCGACAUGGCAUCUGCUAAUGGAAGUAACAACUUUGUAAAUAAUGCUGGUAUUUUGAACACUAGCGUGUCUGAAGAAGGAAAUCCGGACAGCAUGACACGUCAUCAAAUCGUGGACGAGAUGUCGGGACUAUCUCAGCUGGAAAGAGUUUGCGCUGAAAUUGUUCAGACUGAAAAUGUUUACGUGGAGGAUUUACGGCAAGUAGUCGAGGGGUACCUGCAUGUAUGGCGGCGGGAGGCAACGUUUACAGACGACAAGUUAAAAGAAUUAUUCAACAACAUCGAAGAUAUAUACGACUUUAAUCGAUCGUUCUGUGAAGAGUUGAACAACUGUCGUCUGGAUGCUACAUGUAUUGCUCGUUGCUUCGUCAAUAACACUGGUACAGAUUCUGGCUUUUCCGUCUACACCUCGUACUGUACUGGUUAUCCCAUAACAAUGAAGAGGCUGGCAGCCUUAGCAUCAGAGCCGGACAGCGCAAGAGAGUUCAGGGAGAGACAACUGGCGUUGCGUCAUCCACUACCGCUCGCGUCUUACUUACUGAAGCCGGUGCAGAGGAUUUUGAAGUACCAUUUAUUGCUACAGAAUGUGGUGAAACAGUGCACGACUCGGGAGACGGAGUAUGCGUUGCUGAAGAUGACUGGCAUAGCGCAACAUAUUGAUGACAUGAAGCGUCGGCACGAGCACGCGGUGCGGGUGCAAGAGAUUCAAUCACUUCUAUACGGUUGGAGCGGUCCGGAUCUGACCACUUAUGGAGAGCUGUGCGCCGAAGGGACAUUCAGAGUGUUCGGCGCGAAGGCGAUGCGUCACGUCUUCCUCUUCGACAAGAUGCUCCUCAUCACCAAGAACAGAGAAGACGGCAUCCUAGCGUACAAGACUCAUAUAAUGUGUAACAACAUGAUGCUAGUGGAGGCCAUAGCGGGGGCGCCGCUGUCGUUCCACGUGAUCCCGUGGGACGCGCCGCGCGCCCAGCUCACGCUGCAGGCCCGCUCCGCGCGACACAAGCGCGAGUGGACGCUGCUUAUCAAGCGGGUAAUAUUAGAAAAUUACAACGCUGUGAUACCAUCUCAUGCAAGACAAUUGGUCAUGGAGCUUGGACAAAACAAAACAGAUGAUGACAUGCUGGCUGAAAAAUCACAUAAUCUUAUUACACAGGCGUCAAUGAGGAAACAGUUAUCCGCGCCAGAGUAUCUCGAAAAAAGAAAAUUAGAGAGAGAGAGACGAAGAACACUCGUCUUAGGAAACGGGAUACGAGGUUCAUCGAAGAAAGGAAAUCGAAAAUAUACUAUACCGAAUUCUAGGUCUGAAUCUAGACAUGAUUGUGAUUGUGCUCAAUUAUCAGCCGAAAAGGGUACAGAUUACACUUGCGAGAGCUGUUAUGUAGAUCUCUGUUCGGACUGUGAAACUGAAAUGUCUAAAGACAAAAUUAAUAGCGAUAAAUGUUGCUGUAGAAAUGAUGAUAAUGGUAUAUUUGGAGAUAAAUGUCCAGAAUGUGAUAGAUCUUUACAUUACAUAGAUUCUGGUAGCGCUGAACAUCUUGAAAGAAAACAGUCUGGUUGCAAAUGCUCCGAUUUCAAAUCAUCACAGGAGAGUUUUGGUAAAGAAUUUCCUGGGUCGUUAACAAAAACUAGAGGAUAUCAUUCGUCUGAUAAUAUAGUUGGUUACACGGAUAACUGUAAAAAUAAAGAUGAUUUAAAUGAUACCAAUAACUCUAUGGUAAAUGUGAGGAAUAUAACAAGAACAUGUCUGAAAUGCGCUAAAAUAAAAGAAAAUAUUGUUGUAACAGAUUCAACUAGUACAAUACAUUCUAGAAAAUCGAGAUGUAGUGACAUUGAAAAGCACAAGCCAGAUAUUACAAGAUCUAAGUCUAAAGACGAUCCUCAAAGAUCAAAAUUAUCUAAAAUAAGUACGUGGAGAAGAAAAUCAGAACCAGGAUUGCCUCAAAAUUCUUGUGUACCAUCAAAAAGAUCUCAAUACAGUGACAGUGAGAGAAAUGAUGAGAGAGGUUGUGAAAAAAUUGAAUUUGAAUGUAGAAAUUGUGGAUCUAAUAAAAUAAGUAGAAAAACUAAACAAGGAUUACCAAUUUCUGAUCUAGAAGUAGAAAAUAUCAAAAGGGAGCAUAAACCGAAUAUAGAAAUAAGGAUGUAUAACACAAAAAAUAUACCAAAGAAAAUAUCGAAAUUAAAGAAAAAUAGAGCAAAGCGUCUAGGUUCUGAUACUACUGCAAAAUUUUAUGCUGAUUUCUCUACAGAUGUGUCGACUGAAAAUAUUUUACACAUAUCAGAAUCAAAUGAUAGUCUCAACAUGGAUAAGACUAUAAAUGUGCCUCAAAGUACAGAUAUUAUAGAUUCUAUCAGUAAAGAUGAUGAUAUUGAUGAAGAAACUUAUAAGAAAUUAAUAGAAAAAACUGAUUCAUUCAAAAAGAAUGAACUAGAAAAGGUCAAAUAUUUAAAUAAACAAAAGGUUAUCACCGAAGGUACAGAGAAUGAAGAAAAAUCAUGUGAUAAUGAUCCAAUAGCUACAGAAGAAAUUUGUGAUGCAGAAAAACCAUUAGAGCAGAUAAUAUCGCAAUUGUUAAUGGAAAAUAGAGAAUUUCAAAAAUUAUUGAAAAAACAGCAGAGAAAUAGCGCACAUAGAAGACAUCAAAGAUUAUUAAAAUCGCAUUCUAAUCCUGAACAAGUAAUCUUACAAAGUAGUUGCGAUUCUCUUAAAUUAAAGCCAAAAUAUAAUCGACAAACUUCAGAAAAUUUGAAUUUAAAUAAAAAUGAUGACCAAGAUAAUACAGUAAAUGAUAUUUGUAUUGAAACUGAGGAUGUCUCUGAAGAAGACCAUAUAUAUGAAACUUUAAGAUGUGAAGGCAAAGAGUUAGAAAAUUUACAUGCAUUAAAUAAUAAGAGUAAGGUAAUUCAACAUCAUACACAUACAGUUAGACCAAGGAGAUUACCAUCGCCUCCAAACAUAGAUCAAGUUUCAAAAAAUUCGAAAAUUAGUGGUCCAGAAUCUGAUUAUGUAUAUUUAACAUUUGAUCAACUCAAUAAAUCAAGACCAGAAGAAUGUAUAUAUGAUGUUCCAGUAUCCCCAGUUAAAAUAGAUAAUUCAAUAAAAUCUAUUUACUAUGAGCAUAUGGAAAAUAAAGGACCCCCUACAUCACAUACGGAUAACUUGUACGAUAGUUUACAGGAAGUUUGUAGACGGAGAGAUAUUUCAAAUAAAGAACCAGAUGAUUAUUUACCAAUGUGUGCAAGCCAACAAAGUCCAAAUACACCAGAGAUAUGGCUUAGUCGACAGAAAGAACAUUUUAACGUUUCUAGAGAUAGAAAAUCUGGAUCAUUGCCGAGAAGUUUUCAAAUAAUUACAAGCAAUGAAGACGAAAAUAAUGUAAGUACAUUUAAAUGUAAACCUAGUAGUAACAGUAAAACAUAUUUAAAUAGAGAAGGAAAAGUAAUGAGUACAGAUAGACCAUUUACGAUAGCAUCAGAUAAAAGUGAAAUUAGUUACGAUGAUGUAGAAAAUUAUAUGAGCGAAGGGGAUAUACUUAAAUUUAACAAAAAUUUGAAAUCCCAUGAUACGGAAUUUACACAGAAUAUAAGUCAAUCAACUUUAGAAUUAGAAGAAGAAAUUGAUAGGUGCUAUAAAAAUAAUUUUGAAGAAAUGAAUCUGGAUAAGAACAAGAAUGAAAAUCUCUUGACAGUGUCACAGCCUAAUUUAAAUAUCUCCACCACGUCUUCCUGUGAAAUAUUACCUAGUGAUCAUAAUGACGUAAAUCCUACCGAUGUAGAAAUUAUACAUCCAGAACAUAAAAUAUACAAACCUAAUAGUAAUAUAUUAUCACUUAAAAACGUUUUAAGCCGUUUCAAAAGUCGAAAAAGUACUGAUGAUACAGAAAAUGCAAACGAUCAUGGUAGUCCAGAUAGUGGAAAAGGUGAUAUUAAAAGUCCAGUAAAUGAAAAAAAGUCUGCAUUAAAUCCUAGAAACUAUUCUAAAAAUCUUUUGCAAAGAUUUAGAAAUAUUAUUGGUGAUGAACAUCCAGAUGAUAAUCAAAAUAAAUCUGAGCCUAUAAAAACUCAGUUAUCUACCGAAGAUUCACAAAACAAUGCAAUAAAAAGUGAUAUACAAGUAGUAAUAACGUCAACAACAGAUGGUAGUCAAACUGUUUCGGUGGCUUCUGAUGUUUCUCACAACAAUGUACUUAGUAAAAGUGUUUGUGAAGAUACGACUUUAACAGCAAGUCAACACGAAAAAAAUAAUUUAGAAAUUUUGUCAUACAGUUGCGACAAUAUUCAACAAAAGACCGACAAGACACGACCUGUAUAUGAAAAAAGUGUUAGUUUAAUAACUAAUAUGUCCAGUGUUUUCAAGAGUGAUUCUUCUCCAUCUAAAUCUAAUAACAGUUCCUACCAAAGCUCAAAUAAAUUACCAAUUUAUAUGCAAGGAAGUAAACACUUAGGAGCUAGAAUAGCACAGUCUGAUUAUCUUGAUCCUACUAAAUUAACAAACGACAAAUCUGCAUUCAAUAAUGUCAAUAUUCUUAUUAAUAAAUGUGCAGUUAGACCAGAUAGCUUAUUCUCCAAUUCAUCAUUUGUUACUUCUUCCAGUGAAGGAACUUAUCAAGAACCUUCAACAAAAGCAAGCGUUAUCCAAAAUGACGAAGAGAAAAAUAAACAAGCAAAUACUGAUGAGAGUUUUUAUGAAAAAUCAUUUGAGAAAAUUGAACAAGUAAACGAUGAUGAUAUGUUUAGAGAUUCAGCUGUUUAUUCAGAUCAAGAAGAGGUAGAAGAAAUAAAAAUAGAUACAAGCUCUGAUAAAGUUGUAAAUAAAACAGUUACAAAACUAGAGAAUGUAAAACGUACAUCAUCAUUUAAGUCAUCUAUAACGACUGCAAACCUAAAAUCAAAUAGUUUGCAUACCCGAGUUUUAGUUAAGUCUACUAAAAUCCAAAAUAUAGAUAGUAUUGCGAACACAGCAUCUGAUCAAAAUACAGAACGAAACAAAUCUAAAAUUGCUCCGCCUGUUCCAGUUAAACCUAAAAUAUCUAAUAUUCAGUUUCAUAGUAAUGUGCCAACAAAAACUUUAGGGUUUAAUAGAAAUAAUACUUUAUUGAAACCAGAAGAGCACUCUGAGUCAGUUAAUGUGAAGACAAUUAAACGAAAUACAAAAUUCGAACAGUCGAUUGUCGAAUCUGAAUCAGUAACUAAUAAUAAAUUAAAUGUUAAUAACGUCAAUUUACAAAUUGAUAAAGAUCCUAUCACUGUAACUAAAGAAAAAUCAAAUGAGAUUAAAAGUGAAAUAGGAACAUCACACGGUAGUAUACAAAUGAAAAGAAUGGGUUUCGAAAGAGCAAGUCUAGAUUCAGCGACACGAAAAAUAAAAUCAGCGAACGAAAUGAAAAGAUCGUCGAUAGAACCUCCGAAGAUAAUGACAAAAUCUGUUCUACAAAGACGUUUGGAAAUAGAGCAGAUGACAAAAAGUCAAGUAGUAACGCCCAGCUCUAGUAUAAAGAAACCGACACCGUUAGCAAGACCUAAAUCAAUUAAUACAAAAGUGGCGACUUAUGAAAGAAGUAUUAGUGAAAGUGUGCAAGAAACAAAUUGUGUAGAAAGAGAAGACAUUCCUAUUAAUAGAUGUGUAAGUGAAAACAGUACUGAGACAAAUGUUGAUAAUGAAACAAAAAGUAGUUGGGUGAAGCAAGUGGUCCAUAAAUUUCAAUGAGCUUAAGGUGAUAUGUCCCUGCAUUUAAAAAUGAUUCCGUCUGUUUUUGUACUCAACUUUUAAAUCUCCAAUUUAGUAUUAAUACAAAAGUAAGGAUGUUGUUAAUCAUUGUAAAUAAGUUUGUGAAUUGUCAAACCUCUUGGAGCUUUGAUAUCUUGUGCCAUAUUAUGUGCAAGAUUAGUAAUGUUUUGGCUGUAAAUUAGCGGUCACCAUGCACAAAAUGUAAACCAACUACACAGUGUUUAAUGCUUAUUAUGCUGUAUGCUAUUUCUAUUAAAAAGUGCCAUUGCAAUAUAUUUUAGAUAAGCAUGUUUUUAAUUUCACUAAUAAAAAAUACAUUCACUAUUUGGAAUGUGGUAUAAAUAUUUUUUAUUAGUAAGGCCACUAAAUUAUAUUUUUGUGCAAUGAAAUCAAUGAAUUCACUUAUUUAUUUUUUACGAUUUAAGUUUUUUUUUGUGUAGCUACUAACACCAAAAAUAGAAUGUUCUAGUAUUAUUUUUUUACUAAUAAAUUUACGCAUUAUGUUGCUGUUUAUUUUUAUUUCGUUGUUCAAUUAUAAUUUUAAAUAAAAACAUAAUAUUGACGUUUUCAUGUACCUUAGCUUUCAAAGUGAAAAGUUGUUGGUUUGAGUUGGUAGGUCAAUUAUUAUCAGUAGUACUUAUUGUCUAAUCAUUAUUUAUAUAUAGAAUUUCUAAAAUGUUUCCGUUUUAUUUCAAUAAUAUCGUGUAUUGUGAAAGAAAAAUUAAAUAACAUAUUGUCUACUUUCAUUAAUAAAUAGGUAGUCCCCAAUAAAGUAUUCAAUCACAAUUAAGCUUCAAUUUUACAUCUGUAUUAUUAUUUAUUAAGUUAAACUAAUAUUAACUCUAACAUAAUUAUAAUGUACCAAGGGAAAUAUGACGUUUGUCGAAUGUGUAUUUGUUCUUUAGAAUAAUAAAAUGAAUUAUCGAUUGAUUUAUCUAUGGGAAUAUCAAAUACUUUUGUAUAAUUAUAUGAUCGACGUCAUAUUUCCUUCUAAUAGGUACGUAACACUUAAUUUGUGGAGACUGUUAGAACUUAGAACAAUUAGUUUACUUUCCGUUUAUUUUUCUUUAACUUUAUUAAAUAUUUUUUUAUUACAUCCAGAUUUUAAACAUCGAAUUCAUUCGUUAAUUAUUCUUAUGCUGGCCUUAUAAAAGACAAAACGGGACGGAAAGCCGUUUGCAAAUAUACCUGCAAACUUUUAAUAGUGCGUUUGCAAGAUUGUAAAAAAAAUAUAAUUAAAUGCAAGCCCUACACAAGCCCCAGAAAUAUAAUAUAACAAGUAAUACAAAUAAUAUCAAACGUUGUACGAAAGUGUUCAAAUACUGUUGUGAAUGUUUUAUAUGAUUCUGUAGUGAUUUAGAGAAUGUAAUGUACCUAUACCAUUAAGUACCUACUAAUUACACCUACCCUCAUAUAUUACGAGGUAUCUUUCAUAACAAUAAAAAUGUUUUUUUUUUCUUUUAUAA